GCAGAGACAGAGGCGCUCAGCUGAGGACACGAUGUAUGUGAGGAGGACGUCUGAGUUGCUCCUGGUGAUGCUGGCGGCGGCUUGGGCUCAGAGCGGAGACGGGCGCGGUGGCACAGAGCGGCACAGACUCAGCUGCAGCUCUGACAUCACCACAAAAGGAAACAGUUUGACCUGUUCCCUGCUGCGAGGACAACACAGCGACGACGACGACGAAGAUGAUGACGACGAGGACGAGGACGACAGUAUCGAGAGAAUGUCUCUGUGCGCCACCGACUGGACACACACGCCGGCGCCCAUCAACUGCGAGGAGAACAGUGGGAACACGCUGAACACCAGCAAGCCGCCGGUUGUUGAUUUCCACCUGACGGUUCACUUCAGGAGAGGAGGGACAAUCACGACCACGCUCGACCUGAAGAAGAUAGUGAAACCGAGGUGUCCUCAUGUGCGGAAUGUCACAUUCAAUCCCGAGUCCAACCUGGUGGUCAUCCACAUCUACACGCCGCACGUCAAGGACUACCUGAGAGCCGACAACCAGCUUUUCCAGCUGCACAUCUGGAGCUCUGACUCUGCACCUCUGAUCCAGAACAUGACGUCAGAGACCAACAUGAAGAUUGACAUGCAACAUCUCCGCAGAAACACCAAGUAUCAUGUCAAAGUGCGGGCGAUCCCCGUGAAGCUGCUGAAGGGUUUCUGGAGCGAGUGGAGUGACACGUUUACAUUUAUCACACCCACAGCAGCUGCAGGAGACUCAAACGACAGCUGGGAAAUGAGGUCUGUGCCAACACUGGGUCUUGUCCCCCUGGUGGCAGUGAUCAUCAGUGUCGUUUUCUUCUGGAAGAAAAAAAUCUUCUUGUACAUGUGGCCAAACAUCCCACAUCCUAAAGACACACUGGUGCACCUCUGCAAACCCAACCCACGCCACCUGUUGAACUUCAAACCGGAAGUGUUCAGUGUCCUCAGAGUUUCCCCGCUGCUACAGACAGAGAUCUUCCAAACUACUGACCCCGUCCACUCUGGGGGCUCCGCUUCUGACCAGGUACCAUCCACAGACCCUGUCCAGUCUGGGUCCUUCAGUUCUGUCCAAUCUGGGUCCUCGAGUCGAGCCGUCACUCUCUGCUCCACCCAGACAUCAGACUGCAGGAGUGCCACCAGCAUCAGCACAGAGGAGCUGGAGCUCACAGCCCUGCUGGGUCGAGGUUCCUCCGACAGUGAGGAGGACCUCCAGAGCACCAGUCCUUCACCGCUCCAUGUCAGUGAUGGAGCCGAGCACAGCAGUGGAGGUGGCCAGCAGGAGGAGGCCUACGUCACCAUGUCCAGUUUCUACCAGAGCAAGUAGAACCAGGGGGGUCAGACCUUAACCUCUGACCUCUCCGAUCAUGACCUCUAUGAAUGACUCUAGAUUUAUCCUGAGGAGCAGGAUGAACCACGUGAUGCAGUGACGUCAUUGUCCCAAGUACAAUCCAUGAGUUGUUGUAGCAUCAUUUUCAAAAAUGGAAGUACAUUUUUCAUAACGUGUGAUUUUAUUUGUAAAGUUUAUAAUUGCUCUUUCUCAUAU